UGUAAAUCAACUUCCUUAUUCUUUGAUACUAUUUUAAAAUGUCUUUUAGGGUAGCAGAAGCCAACCAGUACCUAGUGGUAACUGGUGCAAAUAUUGUCGAUGUCAAGGUUGCCAAGAAGGCAUUUGUAUGGCCUGGCCAGAUUUGUCGUAAAUUCACCAUCACACCCAUCAAUUAUACUCUUUCUCUGCAUGCCAUGACUGCUGAAAAGCUCGAGUUCGAGCUUCCUGCUGUGUUUACCAUUGGUCCACUUGAUGAACCCGAUGCCCUCAUGAAAUAUGCUCGUAUCUUAACGGGUGUAAAAAACGACGAUCACAUUCAAGAGCUUGUUCGGGGUGUUGUCGAGGGAGAAACCCGUGUUAUUGCUGCUUCAAUGACCAUGGAAGAAAUUUUCAAGGAGCGUAAAUUUUUCAAGGAGCAUGUUAUGGAAGGUGUUCAGUCCGAACUUGACCAGUUUGGUAUGAAAAUUUUCAAUGCAAAUGUAAAACAACUUUCUGAUACUACUGGAUCCGAGUAUUUCAAAUACCUUCGUCUCAAGUCUCAUGAAGGCGCCAUCAAUCAAGCCAAGGUUGAUGUAGCCGAGGCUCGCAUGAAAGGAAAUGUUGGAGAGGCUGAUCGUGAGGGAAAACAGCGAAAAGAAGCAUCUAGGAUCGAAGCUGACGCUGUUGUUUACGAAAACACUCGUAAAAUUGAAAUUGCAAAGGCUGAAGCUUCACUCAAAACUGAGCAGACUCGCUUUGAGAACGAAGUGUCUAUUGCUAAAAUUGAAGCCGUCAAGCAUCAGGCAAUGCGUAAUGCUGAGCUUGAACGUGAAGUUGAAAGUCGUCGCGCUCUUGUGAUGCAGGAAACUGCUCGUGCUGAGAAACUAUCCAAAGCAAAGGUCGAGGCCGAAACGAUUGCAGCUCUUGCAGAUGCUGCUUUUUACAAAGCCAAGGUUGAGGCUGAUGCCUUUUUGUACGGUGAACAAAAGUCUGCUGAAGCCGUUCGUGUAAAAUAUGCUGCUCAAGCUGCUGGUAUUGCUCAACUCAAUGCUGCCUUUGGUGGUGAUGUCAGCGCCACUAUGCAGUACCUCAUGUUGGAGCGUGGUACCUAUGAAUCGCUUGCCAAAGCCAAUGCUGAGGCAGUUCGCGGUCUUGCUCCUAAAAUGACCAUCUGGACAACUGGGUCUGAUGCUGAUGGCAAUGAUCCUGGAAAGCCCAUUCGUGAUAUAUUCCAAACUCUUCCUCCUCUGUUGUCUACAAUCAACGAUCAAACUGGUAUUGCACCACCCUCUUGGCUUGCCAAGUUGACUGGAUCUGCUACUUCCAGCAAGACACACGAAAGUCGUAUCCACCCCGUUUCUGAUGACGCUCCCGCCAGUAGUCAGUAGCUUCAACAAUGACCUGUAAUCCAUCCUCAUUUUUAAACCCAUACUGUAGCUUAUCUUUUACUCGUGCUGGAUCAUCAACUUCGAUCCAAAAAACACUCGAGUAUAUAACCAGGACAGACAGCUUGCAUCUCAAGCCCUUCUACACUCUCAUCCGUUGAUCUACAAUUGUAUCUUGAUAGAUCUUUUUUUCUGAAUCUCAUAAAAACUAAUAAAGACAAAAAUACCGAC